UCCACCUAUUACCCUUUGCUCAGUAGUAAUAUAACUGGGAUUUUAAGAGAGAGAGCAGAGGAAUUUGCUAUGCUGGAUGCUGUGUCUCUUUUUAUUUUAUUGGGUUUUAGUUUGCUGCAACAUGUGUGUUAAUCUGUCAGAGGUGGGAGGUCCUCAUAUUUGCAGUUUAUAAUGAACUGUUUAACAGGCUGCUGACAGUGACUGUGGGUGGAACGUCUGUGGUUUCUUUUAUAUUUUGGGAGUUUUAACCAGUUAAGUCCAAGCCUGAAGUACAGUUGUGGAAGUCUACACAAGCAGUGCGUGUGCUGUCUGCUCCAAGCUUGAGGAAGAUGUAACGACCAAAGUAGAAGAUCUGGAUUCAUGACUUAGCCCUACUUAUAUACUGCAGCUGUGAAUGGCAAAAUUAUAAGACUGGAGUGGCACAUAACUGCAGGAAAAUAAUCACUGAUGUAAAUUAGAUGCAAAGCAUUUUAUGCAAUAUGUUCCCAGGAAGACUAAAGCUGUAGAAUGCUGACAGAUCAAGACAAGGAGGAGUUCAUCACAGUGCGAGUGCAGGAUCCUAGACAACAGAAUGAAGGCUCGUGGAAUUCUUUUAUAGAUUUCAGUAUUUUGCUGCAUACAAAUAGCAAGGCAUUUACUGCAAAGAUGUCAUGUGUCCGGAGACGCUACAGUGAAUUCGACUGGCUGAAGAAAAAAUUGCAGAAGAACGCCGGCUUAGUAAAUGUGCCAGAACUCCCUGGGAAGAAUCCUUUCUACAGUUUUAGCAACAGUGAUUUCAUUGAGAAACGGAGGAAAGGGCUGCAGAAUUUCCUUGAGCAAGUUCUUCAGAAAAUGGUCCUCCUCUCAGAUAGCCACCUGCACCUCUUCCUGCAAACUCAGCUGUCAGCGACAGAGAUUGAAACGUGCGUGCAAGGCAAGACUCCUUACACAGUUACAGAUGCCAUCAUGAACUACGCAAUGUCCAGCCAACAUGGGAUUAGAAAUGCAGAAGCAACUCUUUCCCCAGCAGUUCACUUCUUCGUUGGCUGUGACUGUGAAAGUACACCAGAUUUGCUUGCAUGUGAUGAAGCAGAGAGCUGCACGCAGGAAGGACGUCAGCUAGAUGUCAUCUAUGAAAACAGCCAAACAGACGCAAUGGAUCCCAGCACAUAGGAAUACAUUUACUGCUCUAUGUUCCAGACACGUGAACAGAUGAAUGAAAUGUUGCUUUUGCUUUACUCUGGAGCUUUGCCUGAUGUGCUUUUGUACUGUCUUCCUCACAGAAACAGAAACUCAGCAAGUCAAGUUUACUGAAUAGAAGACAACAGAGCCAAGCUGAGAGAUUAGGUUUUCUAGUGGAUUUAUUCCAUUGUACAAAAACUUAUUUAAACCUAGACAGAAGUCAGUAAAAUGCAUGAGUCUUCAUUCAUAAAGAGCUAGAACGUGGCACCCUGUAUACCAAGCAGAGUCACCACUUGCCAUUUGGUUAGUGGCAUGCGCCAUUGAUAACCGAAAUAUCUAACUUCUCAGAGGUUGACAUCUUUUUUUUGUGGUACAUGUGUAUCCUUCAGUAUUUGCAUCCUGCUUAUUCUCUGCAGGGUUUCUGUUAGCUAAUGACUAGGCAGACAUUGUUUGGGCACGCCAGUUGUACUGGGAUGUUAGCAACAUUUUAAGUUCAUGGUGACCCAGCAUCAUGAACUGCUGAUUUGAUGUUUUCUUGUUUUCAUUUAGUGCAGUUUGCAGGCAUCUUUAGGAUGUUGUACAGAUUUCAAUUUAAUGUUCCUUCAACAAUGCAGCAGUUGUUACUACAUUUUCCUACAACCACAGUCUGAAGCACACAUGGAUGCAUGGAAAUAUGUGCAGCUUGCAUGAAUAUAUACACAUAUAUAUGCAGCAUAAAUGGAAAUGCACAUUAUGAACUAUUCAUGAAUGAACAGUAAUGCUUCUACUUGAGAUUAAAUUACCCAGGUUUGCUGUAAAAGCAGAUAUGUCAGGACUAUUCAUGAAAUAAGUGAAUGCAUUUAAGAGUGAAGCCAAGAUUGUAAAAAAAAAAAUCGGAUUUUUGUCACAUGUCCUUGAGGACUGCAUUGUUCAUUAUUAUAAUGUAAUACUUGAAUAAAUAGGAAUUACUGUAAGCUUUAAAAAUUGAA